AUGGAAAAUAAUGAGGCAGAUGGGCUUCUUCAACCCGAGGGAGCAAAUCAAGUUCCUGCAGUUAACCCUGUUGUACCCAAUGAUAUGCUGCAGCUUCAGAACAUGGUGAGGAAGAUGCAAGCACAUAUUGCAUUGCAAGAUCAGCAACUUCGCAGACAACAGGAGUUAAUGGCUGAACAGCAUCAGAGACGACUAGCUGAAGAGCAGCAGAGGCAACAAGCUGAAGAGCAGCAAAGGCAACAAGGUCAGCAGCAGCGAAGGCAACAAGUUCAACAGCAGCAACGUCAACAAGGCCCACAACAGAGGCAGAACCAAGAACCGGCUCCUCAAGCUGCUGUAGGUCCCCUGCAGCAAAGAGAUGAUGACGCUGCUUCUGUGUCUGGAGUAUCCAAUGGUACUAGGCGCACUCGCAGAGGUGGUCAAAAAAAAGUUUAUUUCAACCCAUAUGAAAAAGCCAUUGAAAAUCUUGUUCGCUAUCAAGUAGGGUGA